UUUUUUUUUUUUUUUGAGUUGAUUGAUCAAUGAAUCAUAUAAACCAUGAUUUAUUAUUCAUUUUAUAGUUGUUAUUUAAUUCGAUCUUUAAAAGAAGAUCAACGAAAUAAGGUUUAUGUUGGAUCUACACCAAACCCAAUUCGACGAUUAAGACAACAUAAUGGUGAAUUAACACAAGGUGCUUAUCGUACUAAAAAACAUAGACCUUGGCAAUAUGUAAUGAUUGUUUAUGGCUUUCCAAGUAAAAAGCAUGCACUACAAUUUGAGUGGGCAUGGCAAAAGCCACUUCAAAGUAGACAUACAAAAAUAAUUACAGACACUUUGUCUAUAGAAAAGAAGUCUUUACUGCUAAAAAAUACAAAACAUUCUAAUUUAAUGUUAACAAAAAUGUGGGCAGCGCAGUUAUUGUUAAAUACAAAGCCAUUUUCUAUCUUGCCUCUAAAACUCCGAUUUGUCACACCUAAUAUGCAGGCUUUGUUUCUUGAUAGUUGCGACCUACCAAAGCAUAUGACAACUUCGGUAGGAUCUAUAGAAGACUUGAUGAAAGAUAUCAAGAAGAAAGAAGAGGAUGUUAUAUCAAGAUUUCAAAUAAUGAGAAAAGAAAAUAAUGAAUUACUUUCCUUAAUAUUAGAUUGUUUUAUAUGUAAAAAAUCUAUAUCAAUAGACGAUACAAUGAAUUAUAUAGAAUGUUUUCAUUGUUAUGCUAUGACAAGCCAUAUAUCUUGCUUAGCUGUUCAAUGGAUAGGGCCGUUAGAAUUAAUGCCAGUAAUUGGCCAUUGUCCAAAUUGUAAUCAUUUAUUACUAUGGGGUGAUUUAAUUUUAGAAGCUAAACUAAGAAGCCGUGCUUUAAUUAAUGAGAUGGAAAACAUUAGUAAUGAUGAUUCAUUAUCAACAACAUCAACCACUACUAUAGACAGUUCUUCAUCAUCUUCAGUAAUUAAUUUAACCACUUAUUAAUAAAAAAGCUUAUGUACAGGUUUUUUUUUUAUUGUGUAAAUAAUACAUAAAUAGAAUCAGAGAAUUUGGAAAGUUCUAUUGUCUUAACAAAAUCUCAUACACAACAGCACAAAGAAAACUAUCAAACUAGAUGAAAAUAACAAUUCUUCGGAGUAUUUUCAUCAAGUCCAUCAAUCAUAGUAGGCCAUUUAUUUUAUGUGCAAAUAAAAGAAAUAAGGAAAGUGACCAAUAAAUUUAGUUUCAUUUAGAUAGUAUUAAUUAGUUUACAUUUAACAUUCGCUCAAUUUAUUGCUGCGGCUUAUUAUGGAACAAGUAGCAAAAAACUAGAUCAUAGUGUGUUAUUUUUUGUCCAAUUAAAU